GCAGGAAUGCGAGCGUGAGGGUUUGGCGGGAUUUCUGAAAGGCGCGCCCAUCGCUGGUCCGCGCCCGGCAAAGCCGAGGCGUUCCCAGAAGUGUGGCUAGGAGGACUGAAAUUUUUCGUAGUAGACCCGACAGAAGAGCUGCGAAGUGCGUUCGAGCCGGGUGACGGGAGCAAGCGUGGUGUGUGCAGAGCCGGCUGCCGGGAGGAGCGAGCGGUCCACGGCUGCGGGACAGUAAUGGCUAUGCAAAUGCAGCUUGAAGCCAGUGCAGAUACUUCAGUGGAAGAAGAAAGCUUUGGUCCACAGCCUAUCUCACGGUUAGAGCAAUGUGGCAUAAAUGCCAAUGAUGUGAAAAAAUUAGAAGAAGCCGGUUACCAUACGGUGGAGGCUGUUGCUUAUGCACCAAAGAAGGAACUAAUAAAUAUUAAGGGAAUUAGUGAAGCCAAAGCUGACAAGAUUCUGACUGAGGCAGCAAAAUUGGUUCCAAUGGGUUUUACUACUGCAACUGAAUUUCACCAACGCCGGUCAGAAAUCAUACAGAUUACUACUGGCUCCAAAGAGCUUGACAAACUGCUCCAAGGUGGAAUUGAGACUGGAUCUAUCACAGAGAUGUUUGGAGAAUUCCGAACUGGGAAGACACAAAUCUGUCAUACGUUGGCUGUUACAUGCCAGCUCCCCAUUGAUCGUGGUGGAGGUGAAGGGAAGGCCAUGUACAUUGACACGGAGGGCACCUUCAGGCCGGAGCGGCUGCUGGCAGUGGCUGAGAGGUACGGUCUCUCGGGCAGUGAUGUCCUAGAUAAUGUUGCAUACGCUCGAGGAUUCAACACAGACCACCAGACCCAGCUCCUGUACCAAGCGUCAGCCAUGAUGGUAGAAUCUAGGUAUGCACUACUUAUUGUAGACAGUGCUACUGCCCUUUACAGAACAGACUACUCGGGUCGGGGAGAGCUUUCGGCCAGGCAAAUGCAUUUGGCCAGAUUUUUGAGGAUGCUGCUUCGACUUGCUGAUGAGUUUGGUGUAGCAGUGGUAAUCACCAACCAGGUGGUAGCCCAAGUGGAUGGAGCAGCCAUGUUUGCUGCAGAUCCCAAAAAACCCAUUGGAGGAAAUAUCAUCGCUCAUGCCUCAACCACCAGGCUGUACCUGAGAAAAGGAAGAGGGGAGACCAGAAUCUGCAAAAUAUAUGACUCUCCCUGUCUUCCUGAAGCUGAAGCUAUGUUUGCCAUUAAUGCAGAUGGAGUGGGAGAUGCGAAAGACUGAAUCAUUAGGGUUUCUUUCCUGUGAUAAGUUCUGCAUGCCAUAUGGCUAAUGAAGAGGACUGUUCACUGGACUUCUUCACAGCCCCAUGAUGUGACUGCCAGGGCAUGGCUUCUGGGAAACAACUAUUCUAUCAGCUUUCUGACAGCAGAAACACAUACCUGAAAUGUUUAUUUCUUCUAUAGUCUAUUAAUAACUGAUUUCUUUGGUGUUUAGAGGAGAGAUAUGAAUAAAAUAACAGGUGUGGGACAGUCUUAUGUCUUCAAGAGAAGUAAACCUGGGAAGAUCUGAGUACUCUUUCACUUCUCAAGAAUGGUAAAAUAAAUGCCUGAAGAUCUGUAAGUGGGAAUGGGUGCUUUUACACAUUCUUUUUUUCUGUAAGUAAGAUGCAAACUUAAAAAUUAUAUGCCUGAACUGUCACAUAAUUUUAAAUUUUAUUUUUUGGUUAAGGAGUCUUAUAUGCGGCAUGCUAGACUAAGCCCUUCAGUGCAUGCUUGUUCUUUUAAUUACUAAGACUUCACUUAAGCAAAUUUGUUCUGCUGCUGCUGCUGCUAAUAAAGUAGUUGUGUACAGUGGAUGUGUUAUUUGCUGGAGAUAUUCUAGUGCAAAAACAGCUUUUGUUACUGUGUCAUUAUGGUCAGCUGCAGUUGUAAGGUGUGAACCUGAAAGAAACCCCUACAUUCAGGUUACUACACUAUAUCCUUUAACCUAAAAAUAAGAAUUCCUGGCUGAUUUACUGUAUCUU